UUACACGCUCGAGAGCAAUUCACCGUAUCGAUGGUUGUAACUCAAUAUUGCAAAACUUGUCAUUUCGAUUUCAUUGUCGUUGUGGGUACAGUUUGCCGCUACGUGAAAGAUUUGGGUUAUGAGUGUAUAGAAUGGUUAGUGUAGUGCGAAACUGAUAAGAAGAGGAACUAGUGAGACGCAUCUUUAUUUCCAAAGUUCCAUUACCUACAGAUGCUAAUUAAUGCCGUCAUUUGCAUUCGCUAACUUGAUUGGAAUGACAUUCACGCCUUCAGAUUGGUUUCAUAUCUGACUAGUAAGGGAUACUUUAAAACUCCAUUAAGUAUUAGGCUUAUCAAAAAUGUCUGGUGAUCAUAAAACCGUAAUCAAAGGCAACCCAUCCCAGUAUGUUAAGCUUAACAUUGGAGGGUCCCUUCAUUAUACAACCAUUGGAACUUUAACCAAACACGAUACUAUGCUGAGAGCUAUGUUUAGUGGCCGUAUGGAAGUGUUGACAGAUUCUGAGGGUUGGAUAUUGAUAGACCGCUGCGGAAAGCAUUUUGGAACAAUAUUGAACUUCCUGCGCGACGGAACUGUUCCACUUCCGGAGAGCAGUAAGCAGAUGGCAGAGCUGCUGGCUGAGGCCAAGUAUUAUUGCAUUGCCGAGCUGGCGGAAUCCUGUGAGCAAGCUCUAAUGAAGAAGGAGCGAGACACUGAACCCAUUUGCAGGGUUCCUCUUAUAACAUCACAAAAAGAGGAACAGCUGCUCAUUAAUUCAACAUCAAAGCCUGUUGUGAAGUUGUUGAUUAAUAGACACAACAACAAGUACUCUUAUACAAGCACAUCUGAUGACAAUCUGCUUAAAAAUAUAGAACUAUUCGACAAACUGUCCCUGAGGUUCAGUGGAAGGGUAUUGUUCAUCAAGGAUGUUAUUGGUUCAAGUGAGAUAUGCUGUUGGAGUUUCUAUGGCCACGGAAAGAAGGUUGCAGAAGUUUGCUGCACAUCAAUUGUGUAUGCAACAGACAAGAAACACACAAAGGUUGAAUUCCCAGAAGCACGAAUAUAUGAGGAAACUUUGAACAUUUUAUUGUAUGAGAACCGUACAGGACCUGAUCAAGAGCUAAUGCAGGCUACAUCCACAAGAGGAGCAGUUGCAGGAAUGUCCUCCUACACAAGUGAUGAAGAAGAAGAAAGGUCGGGUCUAGCAAGACUUCGCUCAAAUAAGCAGAAUAUCAUCUAGCGGUAGCUACCAGCUUGUCACCACAAGAAGGGUCGCAGGCUGCAUUAACCCAUGAAACUGUCAUACACGAGCUUGAGAAAAUGCUUGAUUAUGCAGAUAAUGCAAUGUGUCUAAUAUUUCAGUAACUUAUUACUAAUUUCAUUGUUGCUGAAAUGUCAUUACAGGUAUUAUGUAUGUGUCUGGUGUCUAAAAAUUAUCAUAUGGACGAUGAGCUGACUAUUGAAGUUUACAAAUCAAGAUACUAUUUAAACUGUAAUCCUUUAUUCACAUCCUUAGGUAUAUUUAAGAGACUGUAAUUAGUUGCUCAUAUCUAUACUACCCUGUGACUGUGUGGAACAUUACCUGUGAAUGGUCUUCCAAUUAUAGUAUGACUUUGUACCCCUGACUGAAAAGUAUUCUCCUGUACCCCGUUUUAAGGGUCCUUGACCAUAUUGAUUUGCUCAUGGAACCAGAAUUGAAUGCAUUUAUUCUGUUGUUGAUGAUGUGCACAUAGGAAGAUGUUUGUAAUUUUAAUAUACAUUACUUAUAACCAAAUUGUUGUGAAGCAGUCAGCUGUUUGAAAUUGCUUUGUGUUUGUAUGCUGUAAGUGUCAGUUUUGUGCCUAAACUUUGUUACUCAUGGCUGCAUUAAAACAAUUAUUAUUAAGUGUU